UUUUCAAUUGACGUUCUGCUACAAUACUUCGGAAUUUGCAGCUCUUUAAUGCUUUUUCAUUUGAGUAUCAGUUUAUUUGAUAUAAACUGUAAAUUUUCUGAUGGUAUAAAUAUUAGGUUUACACUGCAUGAAGAAUGAAUUUGUUUUUGAAUUGCUUCUCAUCUUUUGCAUGCCUGCUGUUUUUAACUGAUUUUGCCAAUUCGAAUCAGAUCAGCAACAGUUCAGGAUAUUGUUGCACACAUCACUCUGGCCGAAAAAUCCGAAGUGUAGUCCCACUUGACUGUCAACUUGGCCAGUGGGCACAAUGGACAGUGUGUUCGCCUUGUGAAAUGAGAAAGUUCAGAUAUAGGAAUCUGAAUCGGCCAGCCAUGUAUGGCGGCAGUCUAUGUAUUGGAUCUUUGUGGCAAGAAGAUUCAUGCGAAACAUCUGAACAAUGCAUACCAGAAGAUAACUGUGGUGAUCAGUUUCAAUGCAGUUCAGGUCGAUGUAUUAAAAGACAUUUGUUGUGUAAUGGUGAGAGAGACUGUGCAGAUUUUUCAGAUGAAGAAACCUGUGAGUCUGAUUAUCCAAAUGAGAGAAGGACUUUCUGCAGUAACUUGUUUGAAAUCCCAGGCAUAGAAGCAAUUAUGACGGGCUAUAACAACUUAAUAAGUGAUGUUGGAAGAACUGUUUUAGAUACUGGGUUUGGUGGAUAUUGUGAAUAUGUUUAUAAUGGGGACUGGAGGGAACUGCGAUAUGACAGUGAAUGUGAGCAUCUCUAUUACAACGAUGAUGAGAAAUACUUCCGAAAACCAUACAAUUUACUCACAUACCGUUUUGAGGCAAUUGCUGAUUCUGGAUUUACCAUAGAUGUUCAUGAUAAUGUAUAUGAAUUAGCUACAGCAAUGAGGAGUUCAGACUCUUUUGAGUUUGGAGUUGGUGUGAAAGUUUCUGUUGUAAAAGCUGCGAUUGCUUUUGGAGAGUAUUCCACAUUUAUUAGAAAUGUAACAAAGUUUCAAGGGAAGGAUGUUAGUUUUGUUCGUGUUCGUACUAAAAUUCAAACUGCUCACUUCAAAAUGAGGAGAUAUAAUUUACUUCUGGACGAAGAUAUGACUGAAUCCCUAAUGAAACUUCCAGAUGAAUACAAUUAUGGAAUGUACGCUAAAUUCAUUGCAGAUUAUGGUACUCAUUACUAUGCUUCAGGAACACUGGGAGGUGUUUAUGAGUUCAUUCUUGUUCUGAAUAAGAAGAUAUUGGCAGAGUCAGAUGUGACUGCAUCCGAAGCUGGCUUUUGCGUUGCAGGAUCACUAGGAGUAGUGGUUUCAAAAGGACCUAUGGAUGUGGGUGGCUCCAUAAAGGGCAAAAUUUGUAAAAGUAACUUGGACCAUAAAGAACCUUCAGAAACAUCAAGCAGCCUUGUUGAAGAUGUUCUUCCACAUGUACUAGGAGGAGACCUGAAAUCAAGUGCUGGACUAUUAGGUCAUGGAAUACCAGAUGUCAAAAUGUAUCGACAUUGGGGUAAAUCUUUGAAAUAUCUGCCAGCUGUCAUUGACUUUGAGCUCAUGCCAAUUUAUGACUUGGUGGCCAGAAGUAAUCUUCCGAAUGUUGAAAUUAAACAACAAAAUUUAAAAAGAGCCUGGGAAGAGUAUGUGGCAGAGUUUAAUCCCUGUAGGUGUCCUGUGUGCUAUAACAAUGGAAAAGCAAUUCUUAUGGACAACAUCUGUACCUGUGUAUGUCUGCCUGGUUAUGAAGGGAAAGCGUGCCAGGAUACUAAACGAAAGGGGCCCACUAAUGGAAAUUGGAGCUGUUGGUCAGGAUGGUCGUCUUGCCAAAAUGGUUCAAAGCAGCGAACAAGGAGCUGUAAUCAUCCACCCCCUAAAGAUGGUGGUGCUACAUGCCUUGGGAAGAACGCACAAUCCAAACAUUGUUAAAACAAAAUGAUACUGCUGAUAUUUUGGAUCUUUGAAUUAUUUGCUUUUAAAUGAUCAUCUUCAUUGAGUAUAAAUGUAGUAUAGUCAACAUUUUGAAAUGCCACUCUGCUUUCUUUGUUGGUAUCUUAAAUGUAAUCAAUGUUGAGAUGUAACCAUUGAUGAGGAACAUUUAACCUGACACAACAAGAAUGAAUCUUCCUUUGUUGAAGAAAGAUUAAAAAUGAUUUGUGCACAUUAAUGUUUGGGCAGGAAGCUUGUCCAUAACUGUAAUGUCAACUAUCUAUCUCACACUUCUAGGAUCAUCAUUACCAGCUGAUUGGUCAACAUAUUGCAAUGAAUUAUGGGAGUCAGCUAUGCAUUAGACCUUAUUAUGAUAAAUUUACAUUAAUCUUC